AUGUCCUACACUGAUUUGGAAUCGUAUGUUGAUGAUACUGAGUUUGCUUUAUCUGGAUUUAAAGAUGAAAGACAAAGAGUGUUUAUUCUCUGCGCCAAUGAGUCGAAUGAAAGCUUGAUACCAGAUCGUAUCAUUUCACCUCUGACAAAAGAUGGGAUUCCAUGCUUUUAUGACCGCAGUCAGUUUCCUCUUGGUUAUACCAAGGAUAGAAUAUACCGAAAAUAUAUACAACGUCACUCAGUAACCAUUCUUCCAAUAACCAAAAAGUUCAAUGAAGAGUUCAGUGAUGCCUUCAUUGAAAAAAUAUUUCCAGUAGACUACCAUUUAAACCAUUUGGUGAUAUGCAUCAUCCUGGAGACAGGUUGCAGGGUACCUACCGUAUUUGAACAGUUAACAAUGUUGGAUUUCAGUAAAGGUCAGAGUGAAGAAGACAAUAUUAAGGUGGAAAAAAGGAUGACUAGAGCUAUUAAGUACAAAAUUGAGAAACGAAAGAGAAAAAAGAAACUGCCAUCAGAGGGAGAUGUAGGGGAUGUAAAUAUAAAGGACGAUUUGGAUGUUACAACAAAUAUUGAAGUUCCAGUUGAGUAUGUUGCAAUUGAUUAUUUUGAUAGUGGAAUGAAAGAAGGAUUACUUGCUAGGAAUGACAAAAUAAAAGAAUCAGAGAAGCGAUUCAGUCGCCACAAUCUUCCACGCAAGUAUGCGCUUGGUAUCACUGCAUUUUGUAAGUUCUAUGUAGGGUUGCAAGAUCUGAAAUCAAAGGCAGACGUGGAGGAUUAUGUAUUGUACAAAGUUUUACCCAGGGCAUCAGUUGAGAAGUUGGCUGAACUUGUAUGCCUCAGUACAUCACGAGUUCAGAUUGCUGUUCUAGAAGCCAUUAGGGAACGUAUUGAUCUGUGUAUAAUGCCUAUCAUAUUCAGUUGUAAAACUACGCAUGAAGUUAUAUCUUCAGUUGUUAGUGUUGAAAAGACACUACGCGAGUCUUUCAAAAGAACCGAGGAGUAUCCUGUCAUCCGUGAGAAAAUACUAACAUACAAGGUCGUAAUUUCCACAUUAAUAAAUGCUCGUUUAAUGGGGGUUCUGUCAAAAAAAUAUCUUCCAAUUGGUGACUUUUCUGAUAUUAAAGCUCUGCUCAAUUUAUAUCUUCAUCCUGUAUCUCCCAACGAUUCUCCGUGGGAAAGUCAGACUGGGCUUGAAGUGGAGUGUGACUUAUAUUUUUGUAUUCACGCACUACAACGAAUACAAGAAGACAGUGAUAAUUUAUUAGAAACGAAAGAAACUAGAUGUACUGAGACUUUCGUAUCUCCUGCCACAUACUUGGAAUCACUGUCACAAAAAGUAACAGAAAUAGACAAGGGAGAUAGAGGUAUGAUAGUGGCAGAGGAAAUAUCGAAUACUGACAAGUUUGCAAUACUGGCUACGAUUAGUUGUCUUGUUCAAAAGAUAAUUGUCUCAACUGAUCCUGAUGACAAACUUCAAAGUCUAGAAUAUCUUGGAUUUUUAAUGUACAAGCUAAACCAACAACCCAUAUGCAGGGAAAGUAUCCUUGCAUUUUUGUUAACUACACUGGUGAAACUACUGGAAUCUUCUAGGGAUGAAGACUUUUGUGUGAAAGUUAUUGAAGGUAUCUCUGACAAGAAAUACAUUAGUGUGACCAGUGUGUCAAACGAUAUCCUGUCCACCUCGAAUCACUGGCUCAGGCAGUUUCAUAGCAACUCUCUUGGAAGUUUAAUAUACCAUCCCCUUCGCUGUGUAAAUAAACUGGCUCACAGAAGGACAGUACUGAAAAAGAGCACAUCAGCUGCUUUACUACAAGAUGAAGAUUCUACAACAAUGGUUUCAAAUCAACAACUUCAAGAAGUCAAUCAACAAUUUAUUCUCAAGAAGUGCCAAAAGAUAGGGAUGAUCAGCACCAGCCAUGUUACACCAGUGGAGCCGAAUGAUAAUACAUGUGGACAAUGGAAGUGGAGUGGUCUACUUUUUGGGUCAAUUGUUUGCGUCAAAGUUCCGAGCACCUUGGAGGAAAUUCGUGUUUCAGAAGAAAUAAGCCAAACUCAUAGCCACUCAUCAUCAGAAAUGUUUCUAUCCGAAUUAUCGAUGUUACGUAAGCUACAGAAACAUAACAACAUACUCGACCUGUAUGGGUUUUGUCGUCACCAACUACCAAUGUUCACAAUAACUGGAUAUUUUGAGGAUAAUCUUCUUGAUUACCUAACAGAACAUACCGCACGUGACAACUUCUUAUCGAUGUAUAAUAUGGUACAUGAUAUCUGCAUCCCUGUAGUAUCAGCCAUACAGUACUGCCAUACCAAAGAUAUCGUGCUACGGGAUGUGAUCGCCAAAAAUUACAGAGUGAAGAUUGAAGCCAGCAAGAGAGUAAAAGUGAAAUAUUGUGAGUUCAAGUUGGCAAGAGAACUUACAAGAAAUAGUGGGGAAUAUACUAAGAAUAUCACAUCCAAUAUAGAGUCGGACAUGACAUCUUUUUUAGGUAAUGCACAUGAUAAUAUUGCCAGGCGCUGGAGUGCACCAGAAUCAUUCCAAGCUCCUUACUAUUUUUCACGAAAAUCUGAUUCAUGGAUGUUGGCAUGUACGUUGUAUGAAAUCUUAACACAUGGAUGUCAACCUUACACAGAGUUAUACGGAAUGUCAUCUGAUGAAAUCGUUCUCCAGGUUAUUGGAGGGUGCCGAUUGAAACAACCAGCAUGUAUACCAACGCCAAUCUUUAGUAUUCUGCUUCAUAGCCUCAUUAAAACACCAAGUAAAAGACAAAGUGUUGAUACCCUUCAUGACAGUUUGUUGAAAUACUCCAGGACUAUGGCUAGACCAGAUCCAGCAUCCAGACAAGAAUUACAUAAACCUCCACCAAGAGACCACAAUCAGGGUUCAGAGCCAGACAGGGGUAUUCCACCGAGUAUAAGCGACCAAAAGACAUCACGAAUACCACCACUGUGUUCUAUGAAUAAUAAGUUCCCGUGCAAUCUAGAAGAUAUCACUGCACCUGAUGUACAGUGUACUCGCGGCCAUGUCACUGCCGAUAAAACUUCAAUGAUUCGACUAGAAGAAAAACUUCACAAGGGAUUAUUUGCACAUGGAAGACCAAGAGAGGAAAUCAAAGUAUUGCUGCAAUUAUCACAUCCAAAUAUUGGACGUGUCCUUUCAUUCCAUAUACAGGACAAUAUAACCAUUCAAAUGUCGGAGUAUCAUAACGUGAAACGAAAUAUUCUAUAUAUAGCCCUGCAAAAGGAGCAACAGAUUGACCGUGACAAGUUGAUUGAGUACCUAACCCAAGUAGCAUCUGGGAUGGCCUAUCUUCAUUCUGAGGACAUUGGUAUUUUGCACUGCGAUCUAAGGGCAGCACAUGUAUAUGUUACACAGUCGGGACAGGCAAAGAUUGGCAGACUGGGUAGAGCAUGCCUGUUAGAAUUGGGAUUAUAUGACAGAGGACUAUAUGACUGUGUUAAGACGAGGCAAAUGCAACCAGAUCAGAUACGUUGGUCGCCAAUUGAAGUUGUUUGUGGAAACAUAUACUCUCAAGCUAGUGACAUUUUUAUGUUUGGGCAAUUGUGCUGGGAGGUAUUCAAUGCGUAUGAUGCGGACACAAGUUUCCAACCCAAUAUGCUUGUACCAUAUCCUCAUUCAGCGGACAAUGAAAUCAGAAGUUUACUUGCUCAGCGAAAACACCAACUACAACCGCCAUGUUGUCCAAACUGGUUAUUUAGGUUGAUGAAGAAUUGUUGGUUGGAUGAACGAGAAAGAAGACCUAGCUUUAAAGUUAUUGAAAAGUGUUUGACGAAAAUGAACUUGACACCAUUAGGCACUCCCGGGCAUGUUUGUGCCUCCUCCACGGUUUAUACAAAACUUGAAAAGGAGGAUGAAGAUCUGUAUAAUUAUUAUAUAAUGGGGACUGUCAAAGACCAGGAAGAUACUGAUCAAAUAUACUACACUCGUCGUGUUGUUCAAGAUAAACUACUGGCCAAUACAGACAACAAUUAUGGGAUAGGCUCACUCAUCAAUGAGUCAUCAGUGCCAACAGCUACACAAAAUGAAACAGAAUCAUUAGUAGUUCGGGUAACAGAUCAUGAGGAGAUGGAGGAAAACCACUCAUUUGCGCAUACUGUUGCAGAAUUCGUGACAUGCGCAUUGCACGUAGGACAGAUUUAUCACACAAAUAACUUGGUUGGAAGUCUAUUUGACGCAAGUGGCGGCUAUUUGAAAAUACCAACCCAAGAAGUGAGCCUUUACAUCCCACCUGGUGCCAUCGAGUAUGGCGAUUCUAAACGCGUUUACUUGUAUAUAAAGAAGUCUUAUCAGGAUGAAUUUCAUUCUGGCAAAUGCGUUCUUACCCCAGUAAUCAGCUGCGGACCUGAUGGAACGACUUUUCUUAAAGAUGUUAUAUUGUCUUGUCCUCAUUCAGCAGUUAAUGAGAACUCUUGGAAAUUCAGUGCGGUCACAAAAAAGUCAGGUGAUCCUUGGGUCACUCAGUCAGAAGAUACGUUUUUGGUAAACGACGGACGCGUCUUCAUUUUCCUUGAGCAUUUCACAGACUAUCAAAUAGUUGGUGAAGCCAAAGAAGAAAGCAAUGCCCAGCGACGCAUCAAAGUGGGCAUGCGAAGUGAGCCCAUCACCGAUACUUGUAUUCAAAUCAGCAUUGGGGUUUGGUGUGAUACUUCAUUAGACCCCGAUCAUUCGUUACAGCAUCAGUCAGAAACAAAACCAUGGACACAGUGUCGAUCCUUGGCUAUAAGUGUGAGUGAUAUCAAGAUGAAAGUGCACAUAAAGCAUGUUGAUGAGCAAUGGAAACAGAGAGGAGGAUCUUUGGAAAAGUUCAUACGUUUAUCAGACCUCACAUCUGACCAAGAUACACAGGAAACGUUCACGUUCAAGUGCGUUAGACAAGAUGACCUUCCAGACGAUUUUUAUUGUAUAUUAUGUGUAUUCUUACCAGAUUCGGAUUUUGAGAAAGAAGUAGAGCUAUGUGUCCCUCGUAUUAGACAGCCUGGUUGUACUGAUUAUAGUUGCAACGUUGAUGAUAUGACUUAUGCCGAAUGGUUUAGGGCAACCAAUGAAGACUGGACACCUCAAGAUAAUCAGAUCAGCAGUGACUUGUGGAGAAAGCUCUGCGAAAAUCUUGAUGUCCAACGGGACUUCCAGUCAGAUUGGAGAGGUCUUGCUGGUAAGUUGUGUCUUAAAGCCAGACACGUCCAUAUAUUGGGGACCAAGAGUAGCCCAACAGGCCGUUUACUUGGCAUAUACUUCAGUAAAAUGCUUCAUAUGCAGAAACCAAUACUACAUGCAUUAGAAGAGCUCGUGACGAUGUUUGAUGAAAUGAAAAACCACGAAGCAAGAGAUGAUGUCAAAGAAUACAUAGCCAAGACACCGGGAGUGAAGAAAUAA